AAAUUUUCUGUUUGUUUGGCUCCGGCUGUAGAGAGAGAGUUGGAUUUUCAGAUCUGAGGAAAAAGAUAAGAAGAAAAGGGAAGGCAAGAAAAGAAAAGAAAAUCAGGCAAGGGAGCUGAUCCUUUUUUUUUUUUGCUUUUCCUUCGUUGGUUUGGAGUCUAGCGAUGGAAGAAGGCAUGGGAUGGAUUUAUAUUAAUCUCUGCUUCUCAAUCAGAUUGUGUAUCGUUCGCUGAGAAAAUAGGAGUAAGUGAAGGAAUAAUUUUUCUAUCUUGUUUUUCAGGUUGAGAGUUGAGGGUCCCGAUUUGAAUCAUCGAUUUUGAACCAUUUGGGUAGUUGAAUCUGAAGUUUUUUGAGUUGAAGGAGUGUGCAGAUUUGUAGUGAAUGUAAGGAGCGUCGACCGUGGGAGAGUGUUGUUGAAGAGAGGGGAACUGUGAGGGAGGGCUGCGACUGUGGUUGUUGUUUGAGCAUUUAAGCUAUGAGGAAGAGGUUGUUGUUGUGGAGGUUAUUGCUCUGAAAAGCGCUGUUGUGACGAGUGUUUUCGUUUUGAAGUUCAGAAAUCGGGACUUUUGUUACCGGAUAAUGAAGGAGACCGAAAAGAGCUUGGACUCUCAACUGUGGCACGCCUGCGCCGGAGGAAUGGUGCAGAUGCCGUCAGUGAGCUCCAAGGUGUUUUACUUCCCUCAAGGCCACGCAGAGCACGCCCACACCAACGUGGAUUUUGCGGCUGCACCAAGGAUUCCAGCACUUGUGCUUUGCAGAGUUGCUGCCGUGAAAUUCAUGGCAGACCCUGAAACUGACGAAGUUUAUGCUAAGAUAAGAUUGGUUCCGAUUGCGAAUAAUGAACUUGAUUGUGAGGAUGAUGGGGUUAUGGGAAGUAGUGGGUCGGAAGCUCCAGAAAAGCCGGCUUCUUUUGCAAAAACAUUGACACAAUCUGAUGCCAACAACGGUGGGGGCUUUUCAGUUCCACGAUACUGUGCGGAAACGAUCUUCCCCCGAUUGGAUUACUCGGCGGAUCCGCCGGUGCAGACUGUGAUUGCUAAAGAUGUUCAUGGUGAAAUUUGGAAAUUUAGGCAUAUCUAUAGGGGGACGCCUCGCCGGCAUUUGCUGACAACGGGUUGGAGCACUUUUGUGAAUCAGAAGAAGUUGGUUGCAGGGGAUUCGAUUGUGUUCUUGAGGGCGGAGAAUGGCGAUCUCUGUGUUGGGAUUAGGCGAGCCAAGAGGGGAAUUGCGGGUGGACCUGAGUCUCCGUCUGGGUGGAACCCUGCAUCACCGUAUGCGGGAUUUCCAAAGUUCUUGAGGGAAGAUGAGAGCAAGCUGAUGCGGAACGGAGUUGGUGGGAAUUCGAAUCCUGGCAGUGGUGGUGGUUUGAGGGGAGGUCGUAGGGUGAGGCCUGAAUCAGUUGUUGAAGCCGCAACUCUUGCUGCCAAUGGACAGCCCUUUGAAGUUGUUUAUUAUCCACGGGCAAGCACUCCGGAGUUUUGUGUUAAGGCUUCAGGUGUGAGGUCAGCCGUUAGGAUCCAGUGGUGCUCCGGGAUGAGGUUCAAAAUGCCAUUUGAAACCGAGGAUUCUUCUAGGAUAAGCUGGUUCAUGGGAACCAUUUCCUCUGUUCAGGUUGCCGACCCCAUCCGCUGGCCUAAUUCUCCAUGGCGGCUUCUCCAGGUGACAUGGGAUGAACCAGAUUUGCUACAAAAUGUGAAGCGUGUCAGCCCAUGGUUGGUUGAAUUGGUAUCAAACAUGCCCAUCAUCCAUCUGUCACCCUUCUCACCACCAAGAAAGAAAUUGCGGAUACCACAACACCCAGACUUUCCCUUUGACGGCCAAUUUCCAAUGUCGUCAUUUUCAAGCAACCCCCUCGGGUCCAGCAGCCCCUUGUGUUGUCUACCUGAUAACACUCCUGCAGGCAUACAGGGAGCCAGGCAUGCUCAAUAUGGAAUAUCUUUAUCAGAUCUCCACCUUAACAACAAACUGCAGUCAGGGCUGUUUCCAACCAGUUUCCAGCGGUUCGAUCAACAUUCUAGAAUCACUAAUGGCAUCAUAACUGCCCACAGAAAGAACAAUGAAAGUAUAUCUUGUUUGCUUACAAUGGGGAAUUCUAGCCAGAAUCUGGAGAAAUCUGCUAAUGAAAAGACACCACAGUUCCUACUCUUUGGUCAGCCAAUACUAACCGAGCAACAGAUGUCUCGUACCUGCUCCAGUGAUGCAGUCUCACAAGUUCUUACUGGCAAAAGUUCAUCAGAUGGGAGUUCAGAUAAGGCAAAAAAAAAUUCUGAUGCCUUGGGAUCUACACUUGAACAGAAAGGUAAGCCAGAAAAUUUAUCCAAUGUUGGGUUUUCAUGGCACCAGGGUUUUCAGACAACUGAAAUUGGCCUGGAUACGGGUCACUGCAAGGUAUUCAUGGAGUCAGAGGAUGUGGGACGGUCUCUUGACCUCUCGGUUCUUGGAUCUUACGAAGAGCUAUAUACAAGGCUUGCCAACAUGUUUGGAAUAGAAAGAUCAGAGACAUUCAGCCAUGUCCUUUACCGAGACGCCACAGGAGCAGUUAAACACACUGGAGAUGAACCAUUCAGGACAUGGAUUACAGGUAUGCGGAACGCUGAAAAUGGACUAGAUUCUUCAAACAAGACAGGUCCUUUAAGCAUAUUUGCCUAGAACAAUUUGGCAUUUGUAAGUGGAUGUAGAAAAAAAGCAUUAAUAGGUGUUGAAGCAUGGAUAGUAAGGACUUAGUGCACGCUUUCAAACUUUUUAAAAUAACUGUUUAAAUGUUAUAUUCAACAUUGAUGCCUACUACUUUACUAUUAUGGUAACUUUUGGUGUAUAUGUUUGCCCCAUGAUUCUCUCUUCAACUC